UCGCCGCGCUCCCCAGCUGCGCCGGCUCUCGCAUGAGGCGGCAGCGGGCGGCCCAGGGGGAGGCAGCGCGCACAAAGCCCGGUAGCCGCCACAGGCCGCCUCCCGCCUCGCCCCCGGGCACCGGGCGGGGCUCCCGGGCGGCCCCGCCGAGCAGAGCGGGGCUGCGCCGCCCCGAGCCCCGGAGCUGCCCGCAGCCCCCGGGCCGGGCCGCGGCUCCCUCCGGCGUUCCCCGGGGCAGCGGCUCGCCCUGGCGCGGGGCAGCCUCUGGCAGCGGGCGGCGAGGAUCGGUGUCCCGUCCGUGUCCCUCCCGGGGAGAGCGUUGUGUGAAGGGGACGCUCCCGCAAGUGCCAGCGGCUGGGGUUUGAGUUUGUUUACUUGUGAUUUGCGUCUCUCCCCCCCGGAUUCUCCUGCUCGGGUAGCGGAUCGAUAGAGGUGCUUCGAUGGGUUUUGAUGGAGCAUUUCUUUCUGUGAAAACAUUGCUGCUAAAAAGCUCCAAACAGGAGAAGUAAAUCUAGUCAGCUUGUCAGGUCACUGGCUCAGUGUAAAAGUGCUUUCAUGAGGUAACGUUGGGCCAAAGUCAACUUUUCUUUCUCCUUUGUAAACCUGCAGCCAAGCAAUGGGCCAGAAAAUCUCAGGGAGCAUAAAGUCUGUGGAUGUGAGGGAGCCCUCGUAUAGACCUGUUAAACGAGAGCUGAGAGGCCCAGAUUUUUGCAAGCCGGCACGACUGGACAUGCUGUUGGAUAUGCCCCCUGCCAAGCUGGAGGUCCAGUAUAAACAUGCCUGGAACAAUGAAGAUCGCUCCUUAAACAUAUUUGUGAAGGAAGAUGAUAAACUGACUUUUCACAGACACCCGGUCGCCCAAAGCACAGAUUGCAUCCGGGGCAAGGUUGGCUACACAAGGGGCCUGCACGUCUGGCAGAUCCACUGGCCCACAAGGCAACGGGGAACUCACGCUGUGGUGGGGGUCUCCACGGCCGACGCUCCGCUGCACUCGGUGGGAUACACAUCGCUGGUUGGAAGCAAUAGUGAGUCGUGGGGCUGGGAUCUGGGACGCAACAAACUCUACCACAACUGUAAAAACCAGCCUGGGGUGACGUAUCCUGUCUUUUUGGAACCGGAUGAGUCAUUUGUACUCCCAGACUCCUUACUGGUGGUUUUGGAUAUGGAUGAAGGGACGCUGAGCUUCAUGGUAGAUGGACAGUAUCUUGGAGUGGCCUUCAGGGGACUAAAAGGGAAAAAACUUUACCCCAUAGUCAGUGCAGUUUGGGGGCACUGUGAAAUUACAAUGAGAUACAUCAACGGGCUUGACCCGGAACCCCUGCCUUUAAUGGACUUGUGCCGGAGAUCAGUUCGCUUUGCUCUUGGCAGAGACCGCCUGCAUGACAUAGAAAUUCUACCUUUGCCUCUGUCUCUGAAAAAUUACUUACAGUACCAAUAAGACAUCUAGAACCCUCUGGCCUCACAUUGGACUACAUCAAUGCAAAUGGCAGAAAAUUGUUUACAGCAAAAUAUAAAUCUUCAUGAUGGACACUUAAGUGUUAUUUAAUUUUUAAUAUAUAUUUUUUCUCAACCAGUGAAAGCAGAUCACUGUGGGGGGGCUACUAAAGAAUGUGAAAACAUUGAUUUGAUUGAGAUUUGUGUAUUAUCUGUUGCCUGUCAUUGCUCAUAUAUUGGUUUAUCUUUGUUGCCUCUGGUAAAUGCCAAUAGAAAAUCUGACCUGCAAAGUCCACUGUCAUGCAGGACAGAGUAUUCUUCAGUAAUGUGAUUUAAAAAAAAGUAAAUUAUUUCUCUUUUUCCUACACCUCACCCCAACAGAUAAAAAUGAACUUGGCAAAGGAAAAACCUUGACCGUAACUUAUAUAAAGCUUGCCUUUGUAUCCAGAGUUGUUGAGAGCUUUGAGUGUUUAGCAGUCAACAUAAUCAGGCCUACAGUAUGUAAAGUUUUAACUUUUAAAAAAGAUUAUUGUGUAGAAGAUGAGUAUGUGAUUUAAAAACAUGAGAAGAAAAAAAGAAAAGGCAUCUGUGUCGUAAAGAUCAGGUUUUGGAUGUGGUAGGAGUAAGAUGCAGUCCAUUGUUUUCAAGACCAAAUCUAGUCCCUCCAAAGUUCUGCAGGUUAUAACAAAGUGUUUGCUCUCCCAAGAAUUUAGGAUAUUCAUAUUUUAGAAAGCUUGUCACUUUCUUAUUUGAACAAAUUUAUAAUUUUUAUGUGGUAUGAACUCUUAAGUACUUGGUUCUCUUUUUAAUGUAUGUGUGGUUAUGUUUAUUUAUCUGUUUAGAGUCUGUGGAGUUCUCAUUUAACUGUUUCCCAUCUUGGGGUGACUGAUUUUGGUUUUUUCCUCAGCUCCACCUGAAAUGUAUUCCUUUUUCAGACUCAUCCCAUUUUUUAAGAUGCUGCUUUUUAUUUGCAUUUCUUACAUGUUUCAAGUUAUCUGCCUGAUCAGUUACCUAGUUUUUAAACUGGAACUUGUUGUUAUGGCAGGAUGUCAGAUGUUCAGACUGAGCUGCCUUCAGCAUAUUUUAAUGUGAAUUUACUGAUGAAUGAGGAGAAAAUUUCUAAUAAAGUCUACUGUCCAAAAUUAAA